CUCACACUGCUCUAUGUUACUGCACUGGCUUGGUACAAUAGACCUGGAGACACUGGAGACACUGACAUGAAUAGAGCGAGGAGAAGAGCACACAUCCAACUCAGAGCAACAGUUGGUGGACUGCAUGACUGCUUGAAGAGUGUUGCGUCAUUUGACGUGUUGCAUCGUUUGAAUUUGAAGCCAUGCUGUGUGAGAGCAUACUAUGGAGCAUGACCUACUGUAGUGACCAGCAGAGACUGGACCCUCUCCCCCCUGUGAUAGAGCCCCCCACGAGUAGUGUGAGGCCUGGCUCACAGCAGGUUAAAGCCGCCCCACUCUUCACACUCCAGGCCUCUCCAGACCAGCCAAGCAGAAAGGGCCACUCCAUCCUGCCUAGAGUGGCCCAAGACCAGAGGCCCUCCCGGGUGAAUGCCCAAAUCCAGCCCCAGGGUUCUUCUCUACAGCAGGCCUUGCAUUCCCAGAGGCCCCAUCCUGGCAGACACAUUUCCCCAGAGAUGGAGAUCCCUGGGCAGGCUCGUUCUGGUGGCGACGUCCCUUUCCUGGUGCCCUCUUCCUGCCAGAGCAUCUGUCAGAACUACAGCGACCUCCACAUCGGGGGGGACCAGGUCCUGCCUCUUUCGGAUCACGAUGGGGAGCUCCUGCCCUGCAGCGAUACCCAGGCCGAUGGCCCCUUCCUCUAUUCCUGUGACGUCCUCCCAGCCGCAGAUGACUCUCCCCAAGAUCGGGCCUCUGAAGACAGGCCACUGCGUCCUCUCCAGGGGGGCUCAGGCUUGGGAUCCUCCCGCUGGAGGGCGGGGAGCGGCCGCGACCAGAGCUUCCUCCUCCAGGGGUGUGAGGGGCCCCUCUCCAACUCACUGCUCAACCGCUACCUGGAGCACAAGCUACUGGACCUGUACCAGCAGUACAUGCUGGAGAGCAUGGCCCGGGAAGGGGGUUGUAAUGAGGGUUUCCCCAGCCACCUGCUGGCUUCAGAGCUGCUUCUUACCAGCCUGGAUCAGAUCACAAUGCAGCUGAGCCGUGAGGGCCACCUGGAAGCGGGCCGGGCCAAAGACAUGGUGCUCAGCUGCCUGCUGAGGGUGGCCAGCGGCCUGCAGUCCAGUGAGAUCAGUACUCCCCUGCUCCAGAUCUCAACUGACCUGCAGCUCCCCACUGCUACUGCUGCUGCUGCUGCUGCUGCUACUGCUGCUGCUACUGUUACUACUGCUGUUACUGCUGCUACUAUUACUGUUGCUGUUACUGCUGCUACUGUUACUACUGCUGUUACUACUGCUACUGUUGCUGCUGCUUCUACUUCUACUACUACUGCUGCUGGUGCUGGUGCUGGGGGCCUAGGAGUACCUCAUGGACCGCUCAACUUCACCACUGACCCCCCAGUUAAAGACAUCCUUUGACCCCUGACCCCUGAAACAACUGCACUCAGAAACCGUCUUGUUACUGAGGUCCAACCAACUUGACUCAGCUCUCCUCCAGUACUAGACAGUUUCACUGUCCCCUUAGUUUAAAAAAACAGCCUCUGAACAGGGAAGUACCAGGAGGGAGUGUGUGCAGCUAUGUUUUUAACCCUAAUGGAAAAUGUAAAUUGUUGCUACCUUUCCUACUUUGGUAUUACCUUCACUCAGACUCUGUCUAUCCUCUCAGUUCCCCCUACACACCGUUCUCUUAUGAUGAAACGAAACAGCUGUCAAACAGCUGCAGUGAUAUAAUAUGGAUAUUGAGGUGGAAACGCAGUGGUGGAGAGUGAAGGCAUCUGUACUGUUGUCAUGUUUUCAUGAAGAGAACAUGACAUUCUAUCUAAUGUAUUUAUCUUGUUUUUUUGUCUGUGAAAAAUCAAUAAACAUGUUGAUCC